AUGAAGGAAAUGCCUAUUAAUGAAGCUACAGGGGAGAUAUCAGGUGAUGGUGAAGAUAGUGAUCGAUUUCCUUAUGAUGGUGAUAGCUCUGGUGGUGAGGAAGAUGGUCAAAAAAAGAAAAGCAAGAGGAAAUGGAAGAUGCCAACUUUUAAACAGUUUAGGAAAGAAGCUGAUUUGAGAAAUCCAGAGUUUAGAAUUGGAAUGCAAUUUGCCAAUAAGGAAGAACUAAAGGAAGCUAUUAGGGAGUAUGCAAUUGUGCAAGGGAGGAAUGUUAAAUUGGUGAAGAAUGAUAAUAGAAGGAUUCAAGCAAAGUGUGCAGGUCACACGAGAUGCCCAUUUAUUCUGUUUGCUUCCAAGAUAGAUAGAGAUGAGCAGACAUUUGCCAUAAAGACUCUCUCCUUAGAGCACGAGUGUACUAGAGUGGACAAACUAAAAUAUACUAAUUCAAGGUGGCUGUCAAUAAGGUUUGCUGACAAGAUUAGGAAAAAUCCUGAGUGGGAUGUAGGGGCAUUCCAGUCUGAGGUAUUGGAAAAGUACCAUAUGAAUGUUUCAAGGCAUCAGAUUUAUAGAGCAAAGAGCUUGUCCAAGGUGAUCAUUGAAGGAAGCUAUGUGGAGCAAUAUGCGAGGCUAUGGGACUAUGCAGAAGAAUUGAAGAAGGCUAACAAGGGCAGCACUGUGAUUAUAAAGAAUAAGAUGAAUGGUGAUGUACCUGUGUUUCAAAGAAUUUAUGUAUGUUUGGAAGCUUGUAAGAGGGGAUUUUUGGCAGGAUGUAGACCUCUCGUUGGUAUAGAUGGAUGCCAUUUAAAGGCACCUUACACAGGGCAAGUUUUAACAGCCGUUGGUGUUGAUGGGAAUAAUGGAAUGUACCCAGUUGCUUAUGCUGUUGUAGAGGUGGAAUCAAAAAGUAGUUGGAUUUGGUUCCUUGAACUUUUGAUUGCAGACUUAAAAAUUGAGAAUGGGAAAGCGUUGGUGUUUAUAAGUGACAAGCAAAAAGGUAAAAUACCUGCAAUUGAGACAUUGCUUCCAACAGCUGAGCACAGAAUGUGUGUUAGGCAUAUCUACAGCAACUUCAGGACAGAGCAUGCUGGACUUGCACUGAAAAACAUUCUCUGGGCUGCGGCAAGAGUAACUACCAUUCCCUGGUAUGAAGUAGAAAUGGAGAAGAUGAAACAGCAAGAUGAAGGGGCGUGGAAGUGGCUUAUCAAAAGACCAGCCAAAAAUUGGAGUAGAUCUCAUUUUGAGCCGCAUUCUAAGUGUGAUCUGUUGUUGAACAACCUCU